GCGGUGGUUGUAGACAUUGAUGGGGAUGGGAGUUUCAUCAUGAACAUCCAGGAACUCGCAGCCAUCAGCGUGGAGAAACUUCCAGUCAAGAUCCUGCUCCUGAACAACCAGCAUCUGGGCAUGGUUGUGCAGUGGGAGGAUCGGUUCUACAAAGCCAACAGGGCUCACACGUACCUUGGAGAUCCAUCAAACGAGUCCGCGAUAUUUCCCAACAUGUUGAAGUUUGCAGAGGCCUGCGGGAUCCCAGCAGCCCGAGUGACGAAGAAGUCAGAAGUAAAAGCAGCAAUAAAGAAGAUGCUGGAGACUGAGGGGCCAUACUUGUUGGAUGUGAUCGUACCGCAUCAGGAACAUGUGCUACCGAUGAUCCCGAGCGGCGGUGCUUUCAAAGAUGUGAUAACAGAGGGAGAUGGAAGAUCCGAAUACUAAUAUGAAUAAUAUAUCCUUUUCACUCCCAUCAUGUUAUAUGUACAUUUUUGUUCCUUCUCUUUUAGUUUCUUUUGUUGGUUUCUUGUUGCUUUAUCUUAUAAACAAUGUUGUAAGAGUUCCUCCCUCCCUAAUCUCUAUUAUGUUGUCUCCUAGUUCUUUGUCCUGUUAUCCUUUUCCUCUUCCUUUCUUUAAUACUUGGGGCCAUGUUUACAGCUCGGAAAUGAGAAUUUAAUAAUCACUUGACAUCCUUAUUUCUUCA